GAUUACGAACGCAGACGCAUUCUAUUCUUGCUGACGAAGUAAAGGACCAACGCAAACGAAUUAUUAUGCCUUUAUUAAGGUCGGGUACUCCGGGACGACUCCGAAUUAUAGUUACCUCACAACCGUCCGCGGACACCGCGACGGUAGAUCUGAUGCCCCGCAUAGAAAACAACGUACGUACCGAUCGAUUUCGGUUCAGAUCCGUACCACGUCCGACGAAUCGAAAGGCCCCGAACUAACGCAUGGCGCCCAUCCACACCCCCACCGACCCUCCCACUCUCUAUAUUAAUUAAUCAAAGCCCUUCUCCUCCUCGUCCUCCACCUUCCCCUGCCUAAGAAGGAGAAGGAGAGGGAGAGUUAGGAUUUGGACAUUUGGUAGGGUUUGGUGGAGAGGUUGAGGUGCAAUGGCGCUGGAGUGGGUGGUGGUGGGGUACGUGGCGGGGGCGGAGGCGAUCAUGCUGGUGCUGCUGACGCUGCCGGGCCUGGAUGGGCUGCGGCGGGGGCUGGUGGGGGCGGUGCGGCGGGCGCUGAAGCCGAUGCUGUCGGUGGUGCCCUUCUGCCUCUUCCUGCUGUUGGACAUCUACUGGAAGUACGAGACGCGCCUCACCUGCGGCGACAGCGACCACGGCCACGGCGGCUGCUCCCCCGCCGACCACCUCCGCCACCAGAAGUCCGUCAUGAAGAGCCAGCGCAACGCCCUCCUCAUCGCCGCCGCCCUCCUCCUCUACUGGCUCCUCUUCUCCGUCUCCUCCCUCGUCCUCCGCCUCGACCAGCUCCACCACCGCCUCGACCAGCUCAAGCGCCACGAUGAUUGAUCGACGAUUGAUCGAAUUUCUCCGUGUUCUUUGAAUAUCUGUACCUUUUAUUGUAUACACUGCUUGCACGCUUAUGUGCAUCCUGUUUUUUUUUCCCCCUAAUCUUCGCAUCAUAUAAUGAAAGUUAACUGUACUCGUCACUUACGCUUUGCUUCUCUAA